AUGACCGCGUGUGCCUGCCUCUCGCGUGUCGCGAUCCGUGGAGCGACGACGCUUUUUUCCGUCGCCUGUUGCACGCGCCGACAGCAACAACAAUCGCUCUCGCUUCGAAAACACAAGCGUGCGUUACUAAGCGUCGCGUGCGAAAAACGAUGUCGAUUUCAACAUGCGAAUGUCGGGGUGGUGAGGUCGUCGAGACGGCGGUGUUGCGGUGCAGUGCGGUGCUCCGCCGCGUCAGCAGAUGAUCCAAGGGCCUCGAUUCCGUCCGUCGCGACCGUAUCUGGCGAGAAUGGAUCGCUCAAGAGCACGAGUCAGGCUGGCGGGCAGAGGGCAGCGCAGGAGGGGAGUGAUGACGACGUGCUGAUAGAGCUCAAGGACGUGUACAAGUCGUUCGGCAGCAAACACAUCCUCAGAGGCGCGUCGCUCAAGAUCCGGAGGGGCGAGGCGGUGGGGGUGAUAGGCCCGUCUGGCACGGGCAAGUCAACCAUUCUCAAGAUCAUGGCGGGGCUGUUGGCGCCUGGUAGGGCAAAAAUUUAUGGUGAGGUUUGGAUAUGCGGCAAGAAGCGAGAGGGGCUGAUUAGUGAUCAGGAGAACGUGGGCUUGCGAAUUGGCCUGGUGUUUCAAAGCGCAGCUCUCUUUGACUCGUUGACCGUGCGUGAGAAUGUGGGCUUCUUGCUAUACGAGCACUCGCGGCUGUCGGAGGAGGAGAUUCGGCUCCGAGUGAAGGACAGCCUCAAGGCAGUGGGGCUCAAGAACGUGGAGGAGCGAUUCCCCUCGGAGCUGUCAGGAGGCAUGAAGAAGCGAGUGGCACUGGCACGGGCAAUUGUAUCAGACAGUGAUGCACCGCAGCUAGAGGAGGAGGUGGUGAUGUAUGAUGAGCCAACCGCGGGGCUAGAUCCGAUCGCGUCCACUGUGGUGGAAGAUUUGAUUCGCUCGCUGCACGUGGGGUCGUCGGUGCCGGUGCCUGUGACUGCGGAGAUUGCAGCUGGGUUGGAGUCGGAUUUUGAAACAGAGUCUGAGGAUUCUGAGGAUGAGGACGGAGGAGGGAGAGGGGUGGGUGGUGCUACGGGUGGGAGCAGCAGGGAUGGUAGCGGCAGCGGCAGCGGUGGGGGGUCCAAGGCUCGCAGAAUGGCGUCGGUGUCGUCGUACAUUGUUGUGACACAUCAGCACAGCACGAUCCGGCGAGCUGUUGACAGGCUGCUGUUUCUGUACGGAGGGGAGGUGGUGUGGGAGGGGCCUACAGAGGAGUUUGACACCACUGACAACCCGAUAGUGAGACAGUUUGCUGUCGGCAGUCUGGAUGGGCCUAUUCGCUACUAG